AUGAAAUUCCUGCUUGCAUUCGCUGCCAUUGUUGCCGUCAGCCUGGCCGCCUCACCCGCCGAUGAACGUGGUGCCGUUGUUACCAAGUUCGAAAAUGACCACAAGGGUAUUGACGGUUACAAUGUAGCCUACGAAACUAGCAAUGGAAUCGCCGGAGCCGAACAGGCUCAACUGAAAACGUUCGGUGAUGAUGCUGCCGCCAUUGUCGUUAAGGGAUCCUACUCGUACACCGGUGCCGACGGACAGGUUUACACCGUCAACUACGUUGCCGAUGAAAAUGGAUUCCAACCGGAAGCUGCUCAUUUACCGCGUGCCUAA